UCGAAACACUUCGAUUUUCGCUUUCAACCGGUGAAGAAAAUUACGACAAAAAAAAAACAUUCCAAAGUUGAGACGAAUUCGAAAUUUGUUUCCUGUAUUUCUAUUUUAUUUGUUCGUCGUUUGUGACUUGCCUGUAAUUUGUUGUAUCUUUGUGGUUUGUGUCUUCGAGAGUUCAUAAUGUCUACGUGUGUGAAUCGUGUUUUUGUGGACUCGCCACUUAGUUCCAAAGUGGCCCUUUUCAAUGCCGUUGCGAACAAACACAUGCAAAAUCAAGCCAUCAAUCCUUUCUCGCAAAAUAAUGUUGUGGGGACUAAACCCAAGAUAUCCAAAGAAGACUACGGCAAGCCUCCAAAAGGAUCUCUAUCAGAAUCCAGAGCUUGCAAAGCUACAAUUGCCGUAUGUAAGGAAAUGUUGGAACUUUGUGAAGUUAUAAACGACAAUGGAGAGCGCCUCUUCGAGCCAGAAGAAAAACCAGACGAUCCCAGAAAAGUUAUCAGUUUUGGAGAAUUGUUCACGAUAUACACAAUGAUCUCGGAUAAAGUGGUAGGCCUGCUUUUGAGAGCAAGAAAGCACAAAUUGGUAGAUUUCGAAGGUGAGUGCUUAUUCCAAAGGAGGGACGAUCACAUCCCGAUCAUCCUGUUGAAGACGAUCGAGGAAAUCAGGGAUAUUUUCAAGGAAAAGAUAGACGCGGCCAAAAAGGUUAUAAAGGAGAAUGAGGAGCUGCAGGAUCAGCUCUUUUGAUGGACGAGAGAAGUAACAAAAAGUUUCCAAAAAUACCAUGAAGUAUAAUAACAAAAUAUUCAAAGAAAGAGUUCAUAUCACACGUGGAUAGGAAAAUAUAGGAGGGGAGCAUUCGUGAGAAGUGAUUUUUUUUUUCAUUAGCGAUGCAAUCUCAUUUUUAAAAUAAUUGAUUAAUAAUUAAUUCACAGCCCAACAGUAGAUUUGGUGAAAAAUCGAAACCAAAACGUGAAUUUAGUUCAGUCAGAUCUAAUUUUUGAGAUGAUAUUUUUGUGAAAAAUUUUUUUGGUAUACCUCUGCCAAAAAUUGAAUGGAAUAGGUCCGUUCACCCAAGGAUUUUCUUUGAGUCUAUUCAAACUAUCUACAUGAAAUUAUUGUAGAAAAAUAAGUUGUUGAUCCUGCUAGAUCGAGAACAAGAUCCAUGAAUUUUAAAGGUUGAAAAAAUCAAAUUUAAAAAAAAUUAUUUCUAAGAAAGUUGAUGACAUACAUCCAUGAAAUUUAAAACAUUUGUUGCUACAAUGAUGCUUAGUACACAGUUUUUUACUGCAAACUUCUAGUCACAAUAGUUUUGCAGUAAAUAAUUUUUUAAAUUUUAUUCGUAGUUCGAAAGGAAUAAAAUAUUUAUUAUUUAUAUCAUUUUAUAAAUGAACACAUUAUUAUUUAUGCCCUUCAAUUAAUUAUUUCAAUCUCAAAAAUUAGAGUAGCUGCAAAAAACUAUAGAAAUCGUUAAAUAUAUCCUGUCAAUUUUUUUUUUUUUAAUUCACUGCACCAAGAAAGUAAAUUGCUGGACUGUGUUAUAAUAGUACAAAGCUAAGAAAAAUCGCCUGAUAUAUUCACAUUCAGAAACUUUUGCGCACAACAUCUAUCGAAAAAAAUCUAGCCUGGAAAUUUUGGGCGGUCACCCAUCCAGAUAUUGACCCCGAUCAACGCUGGCCUAGUAAAAGUAUAUUUCCAAAAGGGUGCAAAUUUAACAAAAAAAGUUUAUUUUCGUUUAAAAAAUUUGUAUCUACUACUCAAUUUCCCAUUUAAUUUUGAUUUGGUAAAAUUGUAGCAACCCUUGAUUCAAAUUUGUGUGAUACAGUUUUGGAUAACGAAUUUUCCAGUGAAAAUGUAUUAGACCUAAUGUAAGAAUUAAAAUUAUUUUAUUUUGAACUUGAUGUUUGAAACUAGUAUAUCGAAUGAUAUCUUGUGAUAAAAUUGUUUUUCAUAUGAAUUCCUGUUAGUUAAUAAGUAUUUGUAAAUAUGAAAGGAUGUGAUGAUUUGUUGAGAUAAUAUAUAGGAUUAUAAUGUUAA